UUGGCUCUGGCUCAGCAUGGUGGCUUUCCGUCCCUCUAAAGUCUGCUGUGUCCUUGUUUUGAGUCAGUCAGCGGAGCAGUCCUCGCCGGUACCGAGCGGCCCGGAGCGGAGUGUCCGGCUGGGACUGUCACGAUCACCGGACGUCUGCACGCGCUGCACCUCCUCCUCCUCCUCCCCCUGCACCUCCACCUCCUCCUCAGUGAUCCCCGGCAUGCGGGACCGGGUUCUCCUUGAAUGACCUACACGCCACCUCCGGAGCAGCGGGCGUCGCUUCAUCUGAGCCGGACCGGAGCUCGAGCUCAUCCAGCGGGCCUCGAGACACCAGAGCCGGCCUGCAGGCUGCCUGCCAGGCCGAUCCCGGAGCACCUGACCCGGGGAGACCACCUGACGCACGACCCGAUCAGCGCCCCCCUCCCUUCCCUCCCCUCCUCGGAGGAGUGUGUGAGUGUGUGUAGAGCUGCAGCGGACUUCAGAGAGUCGAGGCUCACAUGAUGUACACAAUCAGCAGAGGACCCAGCAAACUGGUUACACAACGGAGGACAGGUCCCACUCAGCAGAUCGAGAGCAAAUUCAGCGACUUGAAACUGAAGCCCACCUCCUGGCUCACCUCCAGCUCUCCGCCUCCAAAGAUCGUCUUCAACCGCCUGAAUGGGAAGCGCUACCAUAGCGCCGCCGCACAGAAGGCCCAGAGCCCCCCCGAGGGCUUCACCCCCGCACACGAGGAGAACGUCAGGUUUGUGUAUGAAGUGUGGCAGGAGGUGGAGCAGAAGCUGGAGGACGGAGGCGCCGGGGGGUCGGCGGGCAGUCCAGGACCUGUUCAGUACUCUGAGAAGACCCCCAGUGCAGCGAUGAAGAACUUCGUGCCAAUCGACCUGGAGGAGUGGUGGGCGCAGCGCUUCCUCGCCAACAUCGCCAACCUGUCGUGACUCGGAGCGGCCGCAGUCCGCCGGCCAGUCGUCUGGAGGGCCGAGAGGAGGCGCCGCCGUCUCCGCCCGCCGCGGUGUUUUGGAAAGUGAUUUGACGGCGCCGUAGAGAAGCGUGGGUACACGCACUGCCCCGCCCGCCCCAUCCCUAACAGACUGAACUCCUCCGCGCCGUGCUGCGUUCAAGGACUCGUCUCUCUACUUGAACGGCGCGUCGGAUGCCGGAGAGCCGGCCUCCUUCCUGGAGUGAUGCUCCUCGUGCGUCUCGGCUGAUCUUUGGAUAUGAAGAGCAGAAAAACAAGUAAAAUGUUUUUCAAAAACUUCCU